AUGGUCGGCUCUCGAGAGCGUUCGUUCAUCGACCAAACUGCGCGCUAUCACGCUUCGGACGGCGACCUUGACGCGCUCGUAAAAGUGAGACCCGACGGAAAUGGUGGUGUGACCAUCGAGGAUGCACCAGAGGGAGGGGCGAUUCUGACAGAGGGAGGGACGCGCCUGUCUUAUGCAGCUCGUUACGGUUUUUGCUCGGCCCUAUCUUGGCUUCUGGAACGCGGCGCCGACGUCCACUUGGGCUGGCCAUCCUACGGCUGGACGCCACUGCACAUCGCCUCUUUACGCGACGCUUGCGACGUAGCCGUCCUGCUGCUCGACGCGGGUGUGCGGGUCGACGAUCGCAGCGCGAGUGGCUUGACCGCGCUCCACGUCGCAGCCUUGGAAAAUCGCUCCAAGAUGUGCAAACUUCUGCUGAGUCGCGGCGCGUCGCUCGACGCGCGCAACAACGACGGCGACGACCCCGAGGCCCAAGCGCGAUACCGCGGCCACACGGCCUUGGCCGACUUCCUCGCCGCCGUCCGCGCCGCGGGCGGCUGGCUCCCCUACCUCAACGCGCCGCGCAAGGAGCUCCUCGCCCUCCGCCAGCGGCUCCCGGCCCUCCGCGAGUGCGGCCGCGCGGCGCCGUCGUCGAGCGUCCGCGCGCACGAGCGGCUCUUCCUGAAGACGCCCGACGACGUAUUUUCGCACGUCCUCACGUUCUGGCGCAGCGACCGCGACGACUAA